UCGCCGCCAUCUUGGUUAUGGGCUGCGGCCCGACGCGGCCUCUCCGCCGAGGCGUGGAGACGUCACGCUAGAGGCCGCGAGCUGGCCAGACACUCCGUCUUUCCCACAACAGGUGCAUUCAUCCAUCCGCCGACGGUUGGGGAGGUCUUGCUAGCUGGUGGGCUUGGCUCUUUACCCGUUGUCCCCGAGUAGCCCUCAAGCCUGGAUGUAGGUGAGCGUGAGGAUGCUACUAGUAGGUAGAAGGAUGACAGCAGGGGCGGGGACGACCCCCCUCCCAUCACUUCCUAAGGUGAUGCACUUGCUCCUACCCCCCAAGCAGCCUCAGUCCCGGCAGCCCCCUCCCCCCGGCCUGGCCUGCCAGCUCAGGGUGAGCCCGGUCGGAUUGUCACUCGACGCCCACUAGUGGCUGAGGAGGCUCCAGUGCGCAGGCUCCGGGCACCGGAUAAAAGCGGAGCUGGCGAGUCCGGCGCCGUCUCGAUGGAGGAGCGAGAAACGCAAGAGGUCGGGGGGAGAAGCCGCAGAAAAAAUUGCAGCCAUCGUCAGCGCCGCCUCCCUGCCACCGUGUAUGGGGUAAAAGCUGCCGUUGCCGCUGCCGGUGCAGUCGCUGCCGCCGCCUCUACUUCUUAGCACCGGGGAAGGAAUCCCCGCCGCGGGACAGUGUGCUGGGCGGGGAGCGGGAGUUCGUUUGUGUGGCGGUGAUUAAACGAGGGAGGGACAGAGCUGGUUUCUCGAACCGAAAAGGGGAGGCCAAGGAAUAAAACAGGGUUCCCCACUAAAAUCACACAGCGAUUACGGAUCUGGCUUUGGGGGCCUUUCCCCGGAAUGGCGGUUUCCGUCUUCUUGGCCCGCAGCACGACCUUGGGUGCUCCGUAAGAGGAGUGGGGAGAGGCAGAGGCGGUGUCGGCAGCCAAUCGGCGUCUGGUGAUUUCUGUCGGGCGCGUAGGGAUUGGCUGACGAUGACCUCAUGCUGCAGCAGCGGGUGGGGCCAGAGUCGUCGGGGGUGGCUGUUGCAAAGGCAGAGAGUGAGAAGUGAUGACGGUGAUCGUUGUCGCCGCGUCUUCUGUGGAACCCAAGCAGUGCCGAAGGAAGUCGCAAGGCUCUUCCCCGACCAUUUGCUCCUCUCCCUGCGCGAGGUGAGGGCCCUGGCUCGGCCUCUGCGAGACUUUGGGGCGCUGGUGCGGCCGUGGAGGCGCAAUUUCUCCUGUGACUUUUGUAACUGCGUCAGGGCAAGAUGGCGCUGGGUCUCCUUGGGGCGCGGGGGGAGAGGCACGUCCACCGCCGCCGCAGCGCAUGUGACCGGCUGCAUUCCUGUGGGGUUUGGCGGGGACCCAGGCAGGGCGGGGGAGGGGACCGGGUUUGGGCGGAGGAGAUGGUGGUGCGGUCGGCGUUGGCUGCCCGAAGAGGAAGAGAUGACUGUUUGAAAGCUCUUCCCCUCCCCCACUCCCCGCAGCAGAACAGCUGCGCGGGGGGUGGGGGGGAGCCCCAGAAAGGACACUCCUUUCGGGGUGUGCCAGCCACUGGUGGAGGAGAAGGUUUGACGCCUUCUUAUCUGCCUUUCUCCUUGCAAAGUAUGCUUACGUAAGGUGGCAGUUCCCUCCUGUAAGCCAACUAGGAGGCCCUGAGUGUCACUGGUAUGGGUAACAAGGACAGGUUAGGCUCUGAAGGCACCACGGCUAGGAGUGUUGAUUAUUUCAGACAAAACAUAAAGUUUGGGGGGUCUGAAUAGAAGACUACAGCAUUCUCAGAGUUUGAAAGCAAGUGAAUAACACCCAGGAACACUUAGGUUUACUAGACAGACAGCGGUUAAGGACUGCAUCACAGUCUGAACGGAAGGGCCCUGUCAGACCUUCUCCUUAUAUUCUUUGUGUUCAUUACCCUCCCUGUCUGUACAUCCCGUGAGAGUUUAAUUAAUCUUAUUGGUGAGGGUUGCCUUUUCAAAUAUAAGUAUUCUUAGUAAUUUUAGUAUUUUGUUCUGUAUGAAACUGAAAGGUCAUUUUCUAUACUUCACGUUGCAUUUUGCCGUCCUUUUAAAAAUAAAAGAUGGAAUUACAAAUGC